AUGUAUAAGCCAUCUUCUAGAACAUUGACAAAUUCAACUCCUGAUCCUGAAUCACCUGUAGACAUGGUUUCUAUUGAUUCAAACUCAAAAUAUUAUAAUGCAGAUAUAAAGCAAAAAUGUUUGAAUCCUGAUGGCAGUCUCUCUUGUUCUUCGUGUGAUGCAAAAAUGAAUUCUUGGGAGCAAGUAGCCGCUCAUAUUCGUGGACGUAAACACCAAAGUAAAUCAAAUGUCAACACAAUAGACAGCAAAAAUUUGGAAACCACAAACACAUUACUAGAUGGCGGUGAUUCAAAAAGUAUUUUCUAUCGAUGUGAAAAUUGUGAAGCGAUAGUAUUUAGUUCAGCGAUGCAAGAACAUUUAGAAUCUGAAGAGCAUAAAUUGGAAACUGCCAAAAUCCAUCGAAGCUCAGUAAUACCACAUCCCUUAAGUAAAGAUGGUUUCGAUCAUGUCCUACCACUACGGGAAUAUCGUCGAUCCUGUCAAGAAGUUUUGCGUCCUGUAUGGCCUUCAGUGAAAUUUACUGAUGCAGAGGCUAACCUUUUAAUGGAAGCAGCGAAGAAUGAUGAUGAUUGUAUUUUACUCUUGUCGUCAUCUGAUGGUCGAUCACGUGUUGGUUUACAUUUAGCCAAUGCCCUGUUGAUAGCUAAUCGGAAUUUCCCUCCGUCCAAUAUUUUUGGUAGUCCAUUGAAACCAAGUACUAGUACUACUCCUACUGAUAUUACAUGUGUGCUAUGGAUUGCAUCCGAGAAACCAAUGACUACAACUACAAAACGUUCUCAUUCUACGUUUACAUUUCAGCCGGGUGGUGAAAAAAGUCCAUUGAUUUUUGCAUAUCUACCGUUCGAUCCGUCAGUCCUAUCAGAAACUGAUAUCGUGAGAACAAAUUCUGGUGGCUUUAUAACACAUUUAGCCUGGUUACUUAUGCUGCAAACAUGUUCAUUCUUUCUCUCUUCAAGCAUCUGUCUGUCGUAUAUCUUUACCUGCACUUGAAAAGAAGGUACCUAACCAUAAUAGCAACAGCUGGACCACUACUAAUCUAUUUGGUUUAUGAGGUGUGAUUUCCACAUCAAUUGGAUAUCUGGUGGCACAGCGGUAUAAUGCUCGCAAAACACGCCUCAUGUGGUUCGGCGUUCAAUCCCGGUCGACGCUCUCCUCCAUCUUGCUAAGCUAGCAAUAAGACUGGUAAAGAGGGAUUAUUUUCAUUUUAUUUAAACGCAGAAGAAAAACACUUGGUGCAAUAUGGCACCAAGAAAGAUGCGCCACACAGUAAUAAAACAGCAUAGAUUAAAAGUAAAAAUAUAAUAAGUAGAAAACGGAUAAAGAACUUCCUCUGGAAGGAAAACAGUCAUAUUUAACAAGUUCAAACAGUAUUCGUCAACUAUCAUCGAGAAGGGAAGAAAGAAGGAAAUUGCAACACGUUCGCCAUUGAUUACGACUCUUGGCCAUAUCCGAUAACCUUUCGAGCCAUCGAUUCGAGCUAUCUCGCGGACCCCAACCAGGGAGUCGUGACGCACUAACUGAUGCUAAUCUAGCACAAAGAUUCUUCAUCCCACGACGCCACAUCAUGGAUUGACCACCCAUCCACCUUUUCCAUCCCGUCCUAGGGCUAGCAAACAGAGACCUGUACGGAAGCCUCUGGGAUGACAUUCGCAGCACAUGUCCAAGCCACCGAAGCCGGUGUUUCCACAUGACGACACUCAAUGAAUGGUGAUCUCCACUGUGUUCAAACACACGCCGCCGAACCUCAGAAUUACUCACGCAAUGAUGCCAUCGAACGCAAGCA